UUGUUACUUAGAUUCUUGGUCACAUGACCAAAACAUGGCGUCUAAAGAAGUACCUCUUCCCACAGAAAAUUAUCAAACAGGCUUUCCAUUGGUACAGUCCACACUCAAGCAAUAUUUAGAUGGUGCGACAGCUGCAUUACUGUUCAAAAACUUCGAUGCAUGCAUUGAACAUUGUGAAUACGGUUUGAGCCGUGUAAAGUUGUGCUCGGAACAGGAUAAUUUCAGUCCAAAGGAGUACACAGAACAGCUGUGUGUUUUGGCCGUCCAGGCACAUGCUGAGAGAAACACGUGGCAGGAGGUUCUCCCAUUUGUCCAGAAAGUGUACGGUGAUAUCGAGCAUUCCCCAGCAGCUGUUGUACAGCUAUGUUUGCUGCUGUAUGCUAAACUUCAAGAUUACCCACAAUGCCAGGCUCUAGCCAACAUCUGGCUCCGUAACCAGGACAACUACGUUGACCCUGCAUACCCACAAAUUGUUGAUAUAUAUGUACAGCAUGCAAUGUUUCCACGGAAACUGCACAGUUUAGUCCCAGCAUUUCUAGAUACCUGCCAUGGAUUGGAUGUCUCACAGAAACAACAAAUGAUACAGGAUUAUGCAACUUGCAUUGAAAAAGAAUUGAAGAGUGGCAGUGAAGAUGUUACACAGUCUUCGGACGAAACAGUGGUCAGAGAAACUGCUAAAGGUGAGCCUGAGGGAGUGUGGGCCUUCAUCAGAAAACUGAGCAUCUUACUCUUCCAGAAGAUCCGGCCCUACAGUCUGUCAGCCAUUGUCUCUGUAGCAGUCAUCAUCCUCGCAUUCCUGUCUCUCAGAUUUAAUAAAGGAAUUCUUUCCAGGAUUCAAAGUGCAGCCCUACUGCUGUGGCAAAGAAUAGUCUGAAGAGAGAACUUCUAUGAUGGAUAAUACAGAUGGCAUUAAAUUUUUGGAAAAUGAGAGGGAAAACUGUUUCAGAUACCAUAAAGCCAUUUACUGCCUCUUAUUUACUCUUUGUGGUCUAGAUGUUUCUUAGUGUAAAAUCUGAACUUUUGAGCAUUAUUGGGCCUCACAUUGAAUAAUUCUCUCGUAACCCUCUUUUUAUAAAUAAUCCUGCUAACAGACGGAGAAACGGAACAUGAAGCUUCCUAGAGGGAAGUAAGAAUCAAUCUAUCAAAAGAGAACGCGCUAAAGACGGGACCUUGUGACAUCAAAGUGCACAGAACUCCUGUUAUGAAGUGAGUCGGAAUGUUUCUAAGGUUACACCGUAAGGGAUGGAAUCGAUGUCUCAAUUUCAUGGAUAUACAUGUAUAUCUGUACAAUACUCUGUAUGCAUGUUAUUUAAACAUGUGCAAUAAAGUCUUUUAUUAUCCA